GCGGGCGGGCCGUCCCUCCCCGGGCUCCUAGGGGACCCUCCAGCUGGAGGGGCGGUGACCGUGACUGUCGAGGGCUCGCCCCAGGUGGCUAGGGUUGGGGGUCAGAGGUCCUGCCUUGUGGAGUGUUAGGGCCCUGCCCGUGGAACCCUAGGGCCGGGCCGCGCCCCGUUUUCCUGUCAGCUCCUUUAGAGGCGCCCCAUCCUUUCGCAUUAGGGACUCGGAGGGAAGCGGGCCUGAGAGCGGCUGCUGCCCCCGAGCUCGGACGCGAAGGCCGGCCCCGUCCCCGGGAUGCCGCCGAGGUCCUGCAGUUGACCCGCAGCCCCUGGAGAACGGCCGGCCGCCUCCCUCCUCCGGGCGGGCUCAGGAGUGCGCGGGGCGGGGUGUGGCCCGGUGGCCCCCGAGGGCGCGGGCGUGAACAUGAGGCACAAGGAAGUGUCAGCCAAGACCUUCCAAGGCCCAGCUGUUGUCUGUCGGACUCCGACCAGCCACGUAUACAUGUUUAAGAAUGGGGACUCAGGGGACUCCUCUGAGGAAGAGUCACACUGUACGGUUCUGCGGCCCCGGGGCAAGGAGCGCCAGAAGAGCGGUGUCUACCAUCCUCAUCAGGCAGGCGCAGGCGACGUAGUCCUGCUGCAGCGGGAGCUGGCCCAGGAGGACAGCCUCAACAAGCUGGCUCUGCAGUACGGCUGCAAAGUGGCAGAUAUCAAGAAAGCCAACAACUUCAUCAGAGAACAAGACUUAUAUGCUUUGAAAUCUAUUAAAAUUCCAGUGAAAAACCAUGGGAUCCUAACAGAGACCCACAAAGAACUAAAACCCCUUCUGAGCCCAUCUUCCGAGACCAGAGUGACAGUGGAACUGCCAGACGCAGACAGAGCAGCCACAGGCACUGAUGCCCAGGCCAGCCAACUGACAGAUUUCUUUAAGGGGAUUGACCAGAAUAUUGAGCGUGCAGUGCAGUCAGAAAUCUUUUUACAUGAAAGUUACUGCAAAGAUGCCUCCCAUCAGCCACUGCUCCCAGCUCCUCCGAAGACGCCAAUGAAUGGUGCAGAUUGUGGCAUUCAGUGGUGGAAUGCUGUUUUCAUUAUGCUUCUAAUUGGGAUUGUCUUGCCUGUCUUUUAUUUGGUCUAUUUUACAAUACAAGCUAGUGGUGAGACCCUUAAUAGUUUGAACACAACUGUUGUCCCCAAUGGCUCGAUGGCAGUGGGUACCGUUCCAGGGCAAGCCCCCAGACUAGCAGUUCCAGUGCCAACCAUCACGUCUGCAGCCAGCCGGUUCAGUCAGACCACCCAGGCCGGGAACUGAGCUUUGCUGAAGAAUCGGCCCAGCUUUAGUAGUUGGCUGUUGCUGUGUAUCCGCUGUCAUUGGCGAUAUCCUAGGGGUGCUGCGUUUUGUUUCCUGGCAAGGAUGGACACUUUUCAGAAGUCAUUCAGUAUUCCCGAUUGCACUGGCCCUGCGAAUGGCCUUGCCCAGUCUAAGCCUGCAGGAUCUAAAACAGCAGCGACCUCAGCCUUUAUCCAGAGAGGUGCCGCAAGAGAGCAAUUUCCAUGCGACAGAUGGCCAUUUCUUGAAGACAUUUAGUGGACUGGCCAUGUGUUCAUAGCACUGUGUGGACCCCCAAGUUGGACAUGCUUGGAGGGAGAGAAGUGGCCUCCGUCAAGGGACCUGCAGUGUGAGAGCACAGGUCACCUGGCUGUCGCAGUGUCCUCACUUGCUGUGGAGUGGGGAUUGGCUCUGAGGAGGAGUGUUCUCUGUCUCCCUGGCAAAGGUGCUAUGGAAUACUCCUGGCAUGUCACCUUCUUUUUAGAGAGUGACAGUUACAGUUGUAACAAACCUACUUCAUAUUGGCCUGCUCAGUUAGCCUUUUUGAGGCAAUGCCAUUUCUAGAGUUGAAAAGCCCUCAACCCAAACUGCUGCACUGGUGAGUAAAGGGCAGUCCCUCCUGUCCUUUUACAGCUGCUUAGUGUGACACAUAGGCACCCCAGGCCGAGCACACACUGAGCUGUGCCCAGUUCUUCAGGAGCCUUCCCGCAGUGUGGCUCCCUGGAUUCUCCCAGUUGGCCUUCUUGGAAGGGGCUGUUGCUGGCCAGCGUUUGGAGGGGAGGAUGAGUGCCUGUCACUGAGGCUCCACCGUGGGUGGCGUCUGAAGCUGGGCAGUCGCCAGGUUUGUGCUGAGAGCCACAGCCCCUGUGUGCACCUAACAUGGGGCGCUCCUGCUGCUGCUUCCCUGGCUCGGUUCUUCGGAGCUCCAGAGCAAGAGGGCUGCUUAGUCCUUUUUCUCUGGGUGACAUCCUAGAAUAACACUAUAGGCAAUGUAGGUCACAACAUUAUAAGACCGAAGGCUUGAUGGAGGGGCUAGAGGUGGCCCUUGUUGUGAAAGUCAAUCAGAACACCUGAGGGAGGAAGGGGUCUGCAGUUUUCCAGGCCCUUCUUGCUGCCAAGGCAGCCGUGGUGCUGUGGACCAGGCUGGGAUUGCUGGUCAGAGGCUGCUUGUGAGCUGGUCACGCCCUGUGUGGGAUAGAAAGGUGGGAGGUGCUCGGGUGGCUGCUGGCCCAGCCUCCAGGAGUUCUGGACAGGAGGCAGACACUGCCCAGAUGCUGGGUGGAGGGACAGCGAUGGCCUUUGACACAUGAGGCGUGGAGAGAGGUUUCAAAGGUCUCAUGGAAGAGUGAUUUCCGGUUUCUCUCCUUUCAGUUAUAUGUGUGGAAAACAGCUGGCCCGGGUUCCAUUAGCAAAUUUAAAUCAUCCUUAGUAUUGAAUUAAGAGACCAGAAUGAUCUUCAGGAUUAGAAGAACUUCUGAAUCUUUGCAGUAGGAAAUGUUUUGAUAUGCAAGUGCUUUUCCAGCCAAACGUCUGUGCUCUCCAUGUCACUGAGGGCCACAGUUUUCUCUGACAUCUGUCACUGUCACUUCACCAGGUAGGCCUUGGAGUCCCAUGGCAAAAUCACUUUUGUCAGACCAAGAAUGAAUGUAUCCUUUACUUUUCUCAAAUGGAAUAAAAUCAUUUCUUCUGUGAAGGAAAAUU